AUGUCCUCCGUUAACAUUUAUGCAUUCCUGGAGUCGAGCCUGAAAGUGUUGCAUAACUGUUCGCAGUAUAUUGACAGGUAUCCCCACAAAAAGAAGUCGCAAACAGUUAGGUCGGGCGACCGAGGGGGCCAACUGAUAUCCCCGUCUCGAGAAACGAUACGCCCUGGGAACAAAGCAUUCACGCAUUCAUUGAAAUUCUUGGAGUGUGGCUUGUUGCUCCGUCCUGUUGGAAAAGUGUGUUCUCAUUCACUGGAAAGCGGUCAAGUUAUGGUCCUCAUCUUCAAAAGAAUAUGGACCGAUGAUACCAUUUGCCGAAAUCGCACACCAUAUUGUUAUUUUCUGAGCAUGAAGAGGUGUUUCAUGAAGCAAACGAGGGUUUUCCCCUGCCCAGUAUCUGAAGUUUUGUUUAUUAACAAAACCGGAGAGUCUGGGAAGCAUAACCUCACAAAAUCGGAAACGUUGAGGAUAAUCACCUGGAUUAAGAGAUUGCACAACCUGCAUUUUAUAAGGGCGAUAUCGAAGAUCUUGAUGAAGAAUCCUUUGCAUCGAUAUGUCACUUAUAUGAAGGCGUGUGGCGUGACGGAUGGCCGAUCGGCGUGGACUUCUCAACAUCGUUUGUCGAACACGUUCGAUAUUUUCAGGAUAGAGAAGAAAAUAAUUGAAUGCUGUGAGAAACUUGGUAAACUUUGGGAAUAUGGAAAUAUUAAAGAAAUCACGCAAACCAUUUUUAAUUGCAGAGAAAAUGAUAAUGUUCAAGAUAAAUACCCAAUUUACGAAAUUUUGGUACAUCUAUUUCAACAAAUCAAUGAUUUUCCAUCUGAAUUAGACAAUAUGUAUGAAGAAUGUUUAUCACAUGCCAUAGGAAAAAAAGAGGCCAAGCCUGAAUAUUAUUCUGCAUAUUUGACUUUAUUAUACAGAAAAAAGGAAUAUAAUAAGCUUUUAAUCCACGCAGAAAAGAUGUAUAACUUGUUUACUGCCGAAACAAUAUCGUUAAUUUGGAUUUGUAAAGUUUUUAAUCGAUGCUUUGUUGAAAAUCCUGAAAAAGCUGAAAACAUGUUUGAAAAACUAACUGAAUAUUAUCCCAAAUUGUUGCAAGUUGAACCACAAAAUGCUAUAGGUUUAUUUUCAAAAAGCAUAACAUUGUUAAAAGAAGAAGAACUAUUAAAAGCAAAAGAUGCUGUUACUGAAG